AUGUGUGUCCUUCAUUCAAAAUGUCUACAGGGUUACAAGGAGACCCUCCCAGCCUCAGCGUUGUGCAUGCAGACCUUCUGCCUCAGACUCAAGGGGGGCAUAGGAGCUUUGUUGUCUGUACUCAACUUGCUGCCGCAACAGCACUGUAGAGAGAAAGGAAUCAGUGCUCGGGGGUGCGUGUGGAUAAGAGAUGCCGCAGCUGCUAAUGAGCUGCAGGAGAGGCUUUUCUUUGAUUUGCUGCAGUUAGCAGCAGCAGCAGAUGCUGCUGUUGCACAGCCAGCAGCAGAUAUUUCUUACACUGUGGGGCGGCUUUCGGAGGCCCUGAGGCGCCUACGGGGCCUUGGCAGGCUGAGCAUAAGGCCCCCUGGUUGCCUGGAAGAGGACUGCGAAACCACCGAAACCCUAAACCCUAGCCUGCAGCCAUAA